UUUACAUUUUCUCUCAUUUUCGGAGUUAUUGGAUUUUUAUAAAUAUUAACAUAUUUCAUAUAUCAUCAAUUUAUAUUUCUUGUGAAUGUCAUCGGAAUUAAUUUGUAUUUUGCAAUUUAAAAUAUAGAUACUAAACUGAACAUGAAUUUAUAUACAUCUUUAAUUGAACAGAUAUCACGAAAAAUAUGUACCAAAAGGCACAUCAGUGCUUGUGUAGCACGAAUGAAUCACUGUCCUGGACCUUUAUCCCAAUUUUCAGAUGAGGAACUGUUAAUGAAAGAAAGUGUUGGUAAAUUGGCGAAAGAGGAAAUUUCUCCCCUUGUACGAAAAAUGGAGAAAGAGAGUAAAAUAGACGAAGGGCUGCUACGAAAGCUUUUCGAGAAUGGUUUAAUGGGUAUUGAAAUACCAGAAAAAUAUGGUGGAUCUGGAUGUAACUUUAUGACAACAAUUUUAUCAGUCGAAGAAGUUGCCAAAAUUGAUGGAUCUGUAGCAGCUUUAGUUGAUAUCCAUAAUACCUUGGUGAAUUCAUUAAUCACUAAAGUCGCUACGGAAGAACAAAAAGCGAAAUAUCUGCCGAAAUUAGCACAAGAUUACGUGGGAAGCUUUUGUCUUACAGAACCCGGUUCAGGAUCAGAUGCUUUUUCUUUAAAAACUGAAGCAAAAAGGGAUGGAUCUGAAUAUGUGAUAAAUGGAACAAAAAUGUGGAUUUCAAAUUCCGAUAUUGCGGAAUUAUUUUUAGUUUUCGCUAACGCAAAUCCUUCUGCCGGAUACCGUGGGAUUACGACUUUUUUUGUUGAACGAGAUACACCUGGAUUGACAGUCGCCAAACCGGAGGAUAAGUUAGGAAUUAAGGCAUCCGGUACCUGUAUGAUUCACUUCGACAACGUUAGAGUUCCUGAAAAUAAUAUCUUAGGACAAUUUGGACAUGGAUACAAAUAUGCCGCAGGAUUUUUAAAUGAAGGCCGAAUCGGUAUUGGAGCACAAAUGAUUGGAAUAGCACAGGGGUGCUUAGAUGCCACAAUACCAUACACACUAGAAAGGAGGCAAUUUGGAAAAGACAUAUUCUCAUUUCAAUCCAUGCAACAUCAAAUUGCUCAAGUGGCCACAGAACUUGAAUGUGCCAGACUAUUGGUAUAUAAUGCAGCCAGAUUAGUUGACGUUAAAAAAGAUGUAAUAAAAGAAGCUGCUAUGGCAAAACUUUUUGCUUCCGAAACAGCUUUACGUGUUACUGCAAAAUGUAUUGACUUUAUGGGUGGAGUAGGAUUCACAACUGAUUUUCCACAAGAAAAAUAUUUCAGAGAUUCCAAAAUCGGCACUAUAUACGAAGGCACCAGUAAUAUGCAAUUAUCAACUAUAGCUAAGUGUAUCCGUAAAGAAUACUCAUGAGUCAAUUAUAGUUAAUCAAC